AUGGUCGACCGACUGUUUCCAGGCUAUCUGCAUCCCAUAAACGAAGCAACUACAUCUUCAAUAAACGUCGAAAAUGCAGAUAAUACAAAGGGCAGAAAGAUUGCAUCGGUACCUCCUCCUGCGACCAAUAAGCCUACCGAUGAACAGUUCUACGUAACCGAUACAUUGACUGGUACCUUGAAGCCCAACCCUGCGUUUUUGAAGGACCAUUUCUUUCGCGAGGGGCGCUUAUCCGAGGCGCAAGCAUUGUUCAUCCUCGAACAAGCGAACAUAGUUUUGAGCCGGGAACCUAAUUUAGUACAGGUGAAGAGUCCUGUAACUAUCUGUGGGGACAUUCAUGGCCAAUAUUACGAUCUUAUGAAACUCUUUGAAGUCGGGGGAUCUUUAAAUGACAAUUGUUAUCUAUUUCUUGGAGACUAUGUAGAUAGAGGGUGUUUUGGGAUAGAGUGCUUACUUUAUCUAUACUCUCUGAAACUGGUAUAUCCAACCAAAUUUACUUUACUCCGUGGGAACCAUGAAUGUCGCCAUCUCACUGAGUAUUUCACGUUCAAGCGCGAAUGUCUCCACAAGUACUCGGUCCGUGUCUACGAGGAGUGUAUCAACUCCUUCUGCGCCCUCCCAGUCGCUGCCGUUGUCGACAACAAGUUCUUCUGUGUUCACGGCGGGCUUUCACCUGAGCUUCGUGCCCUGGAAGACAUCGCCAAGAUGAGUCGAUUUCAGGAACCUGGCUCGCACGGUCUACUUUGUGAUCUCUUGUGGUCAGAUCCAGUGGGUAAUUAUGGCCAUGAAGAAGAACCGUCCCAACAUGCACCGCUACCUCCCGGAACGACCUUUCUGCCCAACCAAACUAGAGGAUGCUCCUAUUAUUUUACAUAUGAAGCUGUCUGCCAAUUCCUCGAUCGCAAUCAUCUUUUAGGUGUCAUUCGUGGACAUGAAGCCCAAGACGCUGGGUACACAAUGCAUCGGAAAACUCCUACCAAGAAGUUUCCUUCAGUGAUAACAAUAUUUUCAGCGCCAAAUUACCUCGAUGUUUAUCACAAUCGAGGAGCGGUCAUAAAGUAUGCAAAUAAGAACAUUACGAUACGGCAAUAUAACUAUAGUCAACAUCCGUACUGGCUUCCCAAUUUCAUGGAUGCUUUCACGUGGAGUCUACCGUUUGUGGGGGCAAAAAUCACGGAGAUGUUGUUAGCCAUUUUGAGUAUCUGCAGUGAAGAGGAGUUGACUGAAGAUGGAGAAUCAUCAGAUGAAGACGAUACACGCACGUUAGCUGGAGCGGCGAUGUCUCCUACAGAAUACCAGGCUCGCAAGCAACAAAUCAAAAACAAGAUCAUGGCGGUCGGAAGGAUGCAGAGGGUUUUCCAGCUCUUGAGAGAAGAAUCGGAAUCAGCUUCUGAGUUACUACCUGCGGACGACCCGUCGGGUAUUGCUACCGUAGGUGGACGUAUAGGUCCCGACGCUUUGAGUGUGCAGGGCACCAGGAUCAUAAGAGAUAUCCACAACUUCGAUGAAGCGCGGCGGGUAGAUUUGAUGAAUGAGCGGCUACCUGAUUUCAGACUACCGGAUAAUGGAUCUCCACAUGUAGUAUUCCCCCCACCGAGUAUGCGGACCCUGUCCAGUCGGUUGGGAGGUGACGGCCAUGACGGAUUGACAAUGGAGGACCUCAUCAAGAAGACUUUGGAGGAGGAGGGCGAUGAUGGCCUUGUUGAAAGACUUGCAGACAGGAUUGCGAGAGGGAGAAGGGUGACAGGAAGACCAAUGGCCUUGAAACGAUUUGAAACGACUUGA